GCGGUCAAACGAGUGCUCACAAGCAUGGACAAAGUGGCAUGCUGCUGCCUCCAGAAUGGAGGACCGCCACCGCCCUCACUGCUAGUGCCACCGUGCAGGCGUUCCAUCUCCUUCACCCGCCGCAUCCCCGAGAGAGGCAACACGAAGCUGCGAGCUGGGUUCAGUAGCUUGGACUUGGAGCAGUACAUGUCUGCCAACGUGAAGGUCGUGCAGGAAGCGCUCGAGCGGGCCCUGCCUGUUGGGCAGCCGGAGCGCCUCCGCGAGUCCAUGCGCUACUCCGUCCUCGCUUGCGGUUGCGGGAAGCGGGUGCGCCCUGUCCUCGCCAUCGCUGCGUGCGAGCUCGUCGGCGGCUCUAGGGCAGUGGCCACCCCCGUCGCCUGUGCCGUGGAGAUGGUCCACGCAUGGUCGCUCAUCCGCUGCGACAUGACGUGUAUGAGCGACGCCGCCGCCUUUCGCCGCGACCGGCCUGCUAACCACGUCGCGUUUGGCGAGUACACCGCACUCUACUCCGGCGGCACGCUCCUCGCGCUUGCGUUCGAGCACCUUGUCCGCUGCGCCGACCUCGGUGCUGUCCCUGCAGAGCGCGCGCUGUGGGCCGUGGCUGAGCUCGGGAACGCUGCGGGUGCCGGGGGCGUGGCUGCGGGAAUGUUGGCCGACAAGGCGUCGGAGGGCGCGCCUGUGAGCCUCGCCAUGCUGGAGUACAUCCACCUACACAAGACCGCGCGGCUAUUCGAGGCUGCGGCUGUGUGCGGCGCCAUUGUCGGCGGAGGUACGGAGGGCGAGAUCGAGAGCGUCCGGCGGUACGCGCGCUCUGUCGGCGUCCUUUUCCAAGUGGCCAACGACGUAUCCGGGUCCGGGAAGGCAGCCGACAAGGCCACGUACCAGACGCUGCUGGGUGUUGACCAAGCGCAGGCUUACGCGGCGGAGCUCGUGGUGAAGGCCCAGCGCGAGCUCGAGCGGUUCAAUGCCAACCGCGCCGUGCCGCUGCACCAUCUCGCGAGCUUCAUUGCCUACAGGCAGAAGUGAAAAGUGAUGGGUGCACACAACGUACCACUACUCCCUCAAGAAACUCUAAAAACAAAACUAAUGGGAGAACAAAAUUCGGUAUUUGUCGCAUACGUAUAUUUGUAUUACAUGAUGAAUACAAAUGUAAAGUAGUAGUAUCCUUCUAUAAAGACGACUAUAUAUAAAUGUUAUUUUUUCUUCACAUUUCAUUUCUCA